AUUCAUAGCCUCGGAUACUAUUUAUCUUUUCUUGUUGGGUCUAUCGACGUCACUCGAUAAGAAGUUUCUUGCCCCUCUUUCCUUUGACCUUCUCUGCGGAAACUACGACGGAACAGUGCACGACGAGCUAGAUUGAAUUAUAAAGGGAUAUUUAUAAUGGCGAAUUUAGAGAAAGAAGAACGGCCCCCGAGGAGAAACACCUCAGGCGCAGCAUCUCGAAGAUCCGGGGCGUCGAGACCGAGCUCGCCUGCGCCACUGACGAGAUACGUGUCGGGCAACUAUAUCGACGACCAGGCACAAUACCACGGGCAUCGGUAUCAUGGAGAGAAGGAGAAGGAGAAUGAAGAGACGGUCAAUCUUGAGGAUGGGAGUGUGCAAACGGAGGAUUCAGAAGACACAAAAGAGGUGCCGGAAGGAUCGAGGGAGUCGAUCGUACCUGAAGUGAGAGAUGGCAUUGAAGACCAACGAGAUGUAGAAGCCGGACCAAAACUAGAGAAAUUGAAGAGCGAGAAGAGUAGAAGGAGCAUCAGGGAUCCGAAUUUGGUUACUUGGGAUGGACCAGAUGAUAAGUCGAACCCCAAGAAUUGGUCGACUUCGAGGAAAUGGGCUGCUACGCUGGUUGUUUCGUCUUUUACUUUCAUCUCCCCUGUCUCCUCAUCCAUGGUCGCUCCCGCUCUGACGGCUAUCGCCCGAGAAUUCAACAUCACGAACAAAGUCGAGCAAUCUCUAACCCUCUCUAUCUUCGUCCUCGCCUACGCAAUUGGCCCGCUCUUCCUCGGACCGCUGUCUGAAAUGUACGGGAGGGUAAUCAUCUUGCAAACUAGCAAUCUUCUCUACCUAUUCUUCAACUUGGGCUGUGGUCUCGCGCAAACAAAGGGCCAGAUGAUCGCGUUUAGAUUUCUGUCCGGUUUGGGAGGCAGUGCGCCUCUUGCAUUAGGUGGUGGGGUUCUGAGUGAUUUGUUCAAUGCUGAGGAGAGAGGGAAGGCUAUCAGUAUCUACAGUCUCGCGCCUCUUCUCGGACCUGCUGUUGGACCUAUUGCAGGCGGGUUUAUCACCGAAAACACGACUUGGCGCUGGGUAUUCUACUCCACUACCAUAGCAGACGCCCUCAUCCAACUCUUCGGCCUCUUCUUCCUACAAGAAACAUACCCUCCUGUCCUCCUGCACCGAAAGAAGAAAGUGAUGAUCAAAGAAACUGGGAACGAGGCUUUGCACACUGAGUUCGACCACCCGGAACGCACCGUCGCCAAAACGCUCCGCAUCUCCCUAAUCCGUCCCUUCAAGCUCCUUGGCACACAAGUCAUCGUUCAAGUCCUAGCCAUCUACAUGGCCUAUCUCUAUGGCCUCAUGUACCUCGUCCUCUCCACCUUCCCGGGGCUCUGGGAGAACUCCUACCACGAAUCCGUCGGCAUCGGUGGGCUAAACUACAUCUCCCUCGGCGUCGGUUUCUUCCUGGGAACACAGGUCUGCGCGCCGUGUCAAGACAUGAUCUACCGCUCGCUCAAAAAGAAGAACGGCGGCGUAGGGAAGCCUGAGUUCCGCGUCCCAUUAAUGAUUCCCGGGGCUCUCCUAGUCCCAAUCGGCUUAUUUAUAUACGGGUGGACGAGUCAGUACCACACGCACUGGAUCUUCCCCAACAUCGGCGCGGCGAUCUUCGCCGCGGGCGUGAUCAUCGGGUUCCAGUGUACCCAGACGUAUAUCGUUGAUUCCUACACAAGGUAUGCGGCGAGUGCGGUGGGGGCCGCGACGGUUUUGAGGUCACUGGCUGGGUUUGGGUUUCCGUUGUUUGCGCCGUAUAUGUAUGCUGCGCUGGACUAUGGGUGGGGGAAUAGUUUGCUGGCUUUCAUUGCUAUUGGACUUGGUUGGCCGGCACCGAUUCUGUUGUGGAAGUUUGGGGAGAAGUUGAGGAAGAGGAGUACAUUUGCUGCUGGAUAAAGAAAGAGCCUUGGAGGUUGUUGAGUGAUGGAUGGAGAAAGGAGUGGGGUUUGUGUUCGCGUUUCCUUGCAUUGCGAAUGGAGUCUCUAGGGGCAUUUUGCAUAUACCCUUGCAUUAGUUGAGAAAUUGGAAACUCUAUUCAAAUAGGUUUAGUGGUCUGCUGCUCCUUUGAAUGUUCCAGUCGUUCGGGUACAAUGC